AUGUCCGAAGAAGAAACCGAUAUCUUAUACGAAGUCAAAGAUAGAACCGCCAUUAUCACCUUGAACAUCCCAGAUAAAUUGAAUGCAUUGAAUGGUGCUCAAUAUUUAAAAUUGGGUAAAUUUCUUGAAAGAGCCAACAAUGAAGAAGAUACCGUAUUGACGUUAAUCCAAGCACUGGGUAGAUUCUUUUCUGCUGGGGCCAACUUUGCUGACAAUGAUAUGACUAAAGUUGAAGUUGAAAAGUUAUUUAGUCACGAAUACUGGUUGGAAAGAUUUGUCGCAAGAAAUGUCUGGUUGACCAACUUGUUCAAUGAUCACAAAAAGAUUUUGGCCGCAGCUGUCAAUGGUCCAGUCAUUGGGUUGAGUACCGGAUUGUUAAUGUUGGUAGACUUGAUCUAUGUUCAUGAUUUAAAUAAAUUUUAUCUUUUGGCUCCAUUUGCUAAUUUAGGUUUGGUUGCUGAAGGUGCGUCUUCUGCUACUUUGUUUGCCAGAUUGGGCUGGUCCAAGGCAUCUGAAGCUUUAUUGUUAGCUAAACCUAUAAGUGGUGCUGAUUGUUAUAAUGCUGGUUUGAUUAAUAAACACUACGAUGGUAAAUUUUCUUCCACAGAACAAUUCAAUGAUCAAGUUUAUAAGGAGUUGAAUGAUGCUUUUGAAAAUUUGCACGAGGAUUCAAUUUUGCAAAACAAGCAAUUGUUGAAAUUAUCAAGAGACCAAUUUAUAAACCAUGCUAAUUCACAGGAGGUUAUGAGAGGUUUAGGUAAAUGGUUGGAAGGUGUUCCACAAACUAGAUUUGUUCAAUUGGCUCAAAAGGAAGUCAAACACAAGCUUUAG